CAGAGCUACUUCACUGAGUGAAUAAAAAGGAGGCGGAUAAGACACAGCCGUUAGCAGACGAGGUGCAGGUGUGUCAAAGAUGAAUUGGCUUGGAGCUGUCCUCACUGUGUGCGUCCUCGUGUCCAGCGCCCGCUGUGCCUCGGACGCAAUCCCCUGGUGUUAUCAUCUGCCAAGCUGCAGUGAUUCUACCUGGCCAACCAUUGCUACCAGGUUUUGCAAUGGCACCCGACAGUCGCCCAUUGACAUCAUCUCAGGGUCUGCCCAAUCUGACUCCAGUCUGACUGCAUUCACGUUUGUUAACUACGACAUCACCACCGCAUUGAAAAGCAUCAGCAACACUGGGAAGACAGUCAAAGUCGACUUCAACAGCAAUAUCAAGAUUUCAGGAGGAGGUCUGUCCGAGGACUAUGACAGCCUGCAGUUCCACUUGCACUGGGGUAAUGGUGCCUCUGUCCCUGGCUCCGAGCACAGUGUGAAUGGCAAGCGUUAUCCCAUGGAGCUUCACAUCGUAAACAGCAAGGCAUCCUUGAAUGGGGACACGACUCUAGCUGUUGCAGAUGGUACAGGACUUGCUGCUCUUGGUUUCCUCAUUGAGGAAAUGGCCGGUGAUGCCACUGGCCAACCUGCCAGCUGGAAAAAAUUGACCACCUACCUUGCCAACAUCACAAACGGUGGUGAGUCUGUUUCAUUGAGUGCAGCUGGAAUAUCACUGGAUGAUCUCCUACCUGGGGUGAAUCGCAGCAGUUAUUACCGCUACCUUGGCUCCUUGACCACCCCCUCCUGUGACGAGGCUGUGGUUUGGACUGUGUUCAAGGACAAGGUCCAAGUCAGCAAAGAUUUGAUUGACCUCUUCAGCACAACGGUCCGCGUCUCCAACACCACAGCACCUCUUAUUAUCAAUAACUUCAGACGCAUCCAGCCAGCACAACGUGUCACGCAGACUAGCUCUACCUCCAAAACCUGCUACUCUCUGGGGCUGAUGGCUCUGAGCGUUCUUCUGGGAAGGCUUUAGAGAGCCGUUAAAGGCUAUGGUUUGUCAGCAAUUUAUGGUGUUGCUGGUAAACUGGUUCAAGGAUGCACCCUUUUCAACUCGUGAAGUCUCCGACGGGCCAACGCUCCAGUCAGGUGUCUGAGAAAGGGGUGCAUUUGCACUGAGUUUACAGGGUAGAUGUGGGAAUACUUGUUUAGAAAUGCAGCAAUGUAAUCUGUGUGUAUUUAGUUGCAUUCAAAUCUGCCAAUGUGUAUCGGUCUUGAUGGUUAAAACAAGUCUUUGCCAAAAAUUUCUUAGAGAAUAUGUUUUCAUUUUUAAGUGGAGUUUUGUACUUUAAUAUUCCUCUGUAUUGGAAACCUAUUUGCCUUCAUUUUUUUUCUUCAUUGGUACAGGUCAAAUGUAGGCACGUUGCCAAGCUUAACUUAUGAAACCGCCUCUGUCAUUUGGUGUAAUAAAAUAUUAAAAUGUCA